AAAUAGAAAUAGAUUUCUUUACCAGUAGGCAUAGGAGUCACGGCGUGAGGAGGACUGCCGACCUUCUUCGCGCUACUGGGAGCUCCAGAUCUAGAAUGCUCUCUAGCUGAGAUUCUAGGGCAGCGCCAUCGAUUUCGCGAUGGGCGAGUGGAUUGUCGGCGCCGCGAUCAACAUCCUCGGCAGCAUUGGGAUUAAUCUCGGCACAAAUCUUCUCAAGCUGGGCCACAACCAGAGAGAAAGGGAGUGCGCGGCAGAAGGGGGAAAAUUGCCACACCGGAAAUCAGUGGUCCAGUUCCAAGCAUGGAGGGCAGGUCUCAUCGUCUUUUUCUUUGGCAACUGCCUUAACUUCAUCUCCUUUGGCUACGCGGCACAGUCAUUGCUUGCGGCUCUCGGUUCCGUGCAAUUUAUUUCCAACAUCGGCUUUGCGUAUUUUGUUUUGCACGAACUUGUGACAUCAAGAAUAAUACUUGCCACAGCUUUCAUUGUCGUAGGCAAUGCGUUUCUAGUUGCCUUUGGCAACCAUCAGUCUCCAGUUUUCACUCCAGACGAGCUGCUUCGCAACUACAAAAAUCAUAUGUAUCUGGUAUAUUGUGCGGUGCUUUUGAUAAUCAUAGCUCUUCACCACGCUGCAUACAGGAAAGGAAGGCAGCUCGUCCAUGAACAGGGUUCAAACACUAACCGCAACUGGCACUUCCUCAUGCCGUUCUGCUACGCUGUUGUCUCUGGAGCCGUGGGGACUCACUCGGUGUUGUUUGCAAAGUCCUUAUCAAUCUUACUUCGACUGACAUUGAACGGGGAGAGUCAACUGGAUGGCUGGUUUACUUACUUGCUUCUGUCUCUCUUCUUCGUCACGGCUGCGUUCUGGAUGGUGCGGCUGAACGAUGGACUUUCUAUGUUUGAUGCAAUCCUCAUUGUGCCCAUGCUACAAAUUUCCUGGACAACGUUUUCCAUUUUCACUGGAUUCGUCUACUUCCAAGAAUACCGGGUUUUUGAUGGUUUCAGGGUCUGCAUGUUCAUAGUGGGAAUAGUCGCUUUGUUCGUGGGCAUUUUGCUGUUAGCACCUCAAGGGUCAUCGAGUAAUAGCGAAGCAUUCAAAGUGACAAAGCCAGACGACGUUGAGUCGGCUUCUUUGAUUGCCAAUGCCGACAGGCCACUAGUUUCCGAACAAGGAAGGCUUUCGAGGGCGAGAGGUGUUAUCCAGAGCAUUGCAGUCGACGCUUUGUCCAUGGUGGGUAGAGCAAAGACCGCUUACAAGAUGACCAUGGGCUUUGGCCAAGAUCAAAUUCACGCGUCCUCAGUAUUCAGUAUGCCGAUGGUUUCUUCGUCGCGAAGUUCCUGGAGAAAUCCAUCUCUGUACAACGAUUGGCUUUCGUCUUCUUCUUCGUUCCCCCCUCCCGCAAUCGACGAAGAAGUUUUGACGUCCGAUAGAGUUUCCAUCCCUCAAGACGUAUAGACUUCGGGAGCUACGUGACUCGAUUGCGGCCGAGUCGAGUCCCGUGAGCUGAUGGCGAGCGACGCAUUUGAGUCGUGUACAUUGUUGAAGAAGUUUUCCUGCUGGUGGGCUUGGACCAAGGAAGAAAUGACUGCCUUUGGGUCCGACAACCUACACAGCACAGGAGCAAAGUUUUGGUGGCGGAUCAAAAUUCGCCUUUAUACUUACAUGAGAGCACCGGUAGGCCAAUCUUGUUCCAUAACAAGUCUUCGUGCGUGCAGCAGCUGUUCGCGCUCUCUCUCUGCAAGAUCAAAGUAUAGAAGACGAUGCGCUCUAAGUUUCUCUCA